GGGCAGCGGGGAGCCUGGAAACAGCCCAGACGAGUUGAAGGAUUGACACAAAUGGUCAGAGUGAGUUGCGCUCCGCUCCGGUCUGCAGUCCGCGGGAGAGAAGGUGAGCGAACACCGGACCGUCCGCCGCGGGCCAGCUUCAUGCUGCUGCACUGUCCUGGCGAGGGAUCAUCCCGGCAUGGCACGGCGGGACUCCUCUAAACUUUGCAGCCUGCUGGCAUUCUUCCUGCCGCUGGUGGUGUCGGUGUCGGCUCAGUAUAAUGGGGAGAAAGGCAUCUCUAUACCGGAUCACGGCUACUGCCAACCCAUCUCCAUCCCUCUGUGCACUGACAUCGCCUACAACCAGACCAUCAUGCCCAACCUUCUGGGGCACACCAACCAGGAGGACGCCGGGCUGGAGGUGCACCAGUUCUACCCCCUGGUGAAGGUCCAAUGUUCCCCAGAACUCAAGUUCUUCCUGUGCUCCAUGUACGCCCCGGUGUGCACCGUGCUGGAGCAGGCUCUGCCGCCCUGCCGGUCCUUGUGCGAACGGGCCAGGCAGGGCUGCGAAGCCCUCAUGAACAAAUUCGGCUUCCAGUGGCCCGAGAGCCUGCGCUGCGAAAAGUUUCCCGUGAACGGCGCCGGCGAGCUGUGCGUGGGGCAGAACACGUCCGACAAGGGCACCCCCACCCCGGCCCUGCCCGAGCUCUGGACCAGCAAUCCCAACAUCAGAUCCCCCUACCGGGACAAGUUCAGCUGCCCCAGGGCCCUCAAAGUGCCCGCCUACGUCAACUACCACUUCCUGGGGGAGAAGGACUGCGGCGCCCCCUGCGAGGCCGGCAAAGUCCACGGGCUCAUGUACUUCGCCCCCGAGGAGCUGCGAUUCGCCCGCAUCUGGAUCGGCAUCUGGUCGGUGCUGUGCUGCGCCUCCACGCUCUUCACCGUGCUGACCUACCUGGUGGACAUGAAGCGCUUCAGUUACCCCGAGCGGCCCAUCAUCUUCCUGUCCGGGUGCUACACCAUGGUGGCCAUCGCCUACAUCGCGGGCUUCUUGCUGGAGGACAAGGUGGUCUGCAAUGACCGUUUUUCCGAGGAUGGCUACAAGACGUUGGCCCAGGGCACCAAGAAAGAGGGCUGCACCUUCCUCUUCAUGAUGCUCUACUUCUUCAGUAUGGCCAGCUCCAUCUGGUGGGUUAUACUCUCCCUGACUUGGUUCCUAGCGGCCGGGAUGAAAUGGGGGCACGAAGCCAUCGAGGCCAACUCCCAGUACUUUCACCUGGCCGCCUGGGCAGUACCAGCCAUCAAAACCAUCACCAUCCUGGCGGUGGGGCAAGUUGACGGAGAUAUCCUAAGCGGAGUUUGCUUCGUUGGUAUCAAUAACGUGGAUGCCCUGCGUGGAUUUGUAUUGGCCCCACUUUUUGUUUACUUGUUCAUUGGCACGUCCUUCCUCCUGGCUGGCUUUGUGUCCCUCUUCAGGAUUAGAACCAUCAUGAAACACGAUGGCACCAAAACGGAAAAGCUGGAGAAGUUGAUGGUGAGGAUCGGGAUCUUCAGCGUCCUCUACACCGUCCCCGCCACCAUCGUUAUCGCUUGUUAUUUUUACGAACAAGCCUUCAGGGAACAAUGGGAGAAAAGUUGGGUGAGCCAGACCUGCAAGACUUAUGCCAUCCCUUGCCCCAGUACCAACCACCCUCCCAUGAGUCCGGAUUUUACAGUCUUUAUGAUAAAGUAUCUUAUGACUUUAAUUGUCGGAAUAACUUCUGGCUUCUGGAUUUGGUCGGGCAAAACGCUCAACUCGUGGAGAAAGUUUUAUACGAGACUCACCAACAGUAAACAGGGGGAGACUACAGUCUGAGGGGCCCCUGACCUUCGACUCUUCCUUUUUUUUUCAGGGGGAGACUACAGUCUGAGGGGCCCCUGACCUUCGACUCUUCCUUUUUUUUUCAGGGGGAGACUACAGUCUGAGGGGCCCCUGACCUUCGACUCUUCCUUUUUUUUUGUACAGUGUGUGUUUUUUUUUUCCAUGUAAAUAAUAGUUGUAACAUUUUGUAAGUAUAUUUUGUAUUUAAAUGACUCCAGACCUUGCCUUUUUUUUAAAGAGAAAAAUAAAGAAAAUGUAGAAUGUUUUUAACUCUUCGGAGGUUCUAAGGCUUCUUGGGUCUUAGAUUUAAAAAAAAAAAAAAAAAA